AUGAUCAUCAGGGGGCCAAAGCUGCGUGUUGCAAAGGCAUGUCAAGCAUUUGUCGAACUAGCUGAUGCAUGUGGCUUCGCAAUGGCAGUAAUGCCCUUAGCCAAAGGGCUAGUCCCGGUGCAGCACCCUCAUUUUAUUGAGACUUAUUACGAUGCAGUAGGGACUGCAUUCUGUGGUGAAAUUGUGGAAUCUGUUGAUGCCUAUUUGUUUGCUGGACCAAUCUUCAAUGACUACAGCUCCAUUGGAUACUCCCUCUUACUCAAGAGGGAGAAGGCGAUAAUUGUGCAACCUGAUCGUGUCGUUAUAUCUCAUGGACCGACUUAUGGUUGCGUGUUAAUGAAAGAUUUCCUUCACGAGUUGGCAAAGAAGCUUAAGCGUAACACAACUGCUUAUGAAAAUUAUAAGCGGUUGAACGUCAACAUGCCAUCCGAGAAAAGUGUUAAAACUAAUGAAUUUUGUGGGCGUACUGUACUUCUUUUCAGACACAACCUUGCAUUGCCUCUGGUGCGUGAGCCAGCUUUACUUGAUUACUCCUCCAGUCAAGCAGCUGUUGGUGAAGAGGCUGAUCUUGAAGUUUUCAUUUUUCUUGGAAUUUAUUUCUUCUUCCCUCAUUGGCUGAGCAUACCGUCCAUGAACCCGGGGGAAUUUAUUGAUUCAGCAGAUCAGCUUCCUCUUUAA